CGCAAGUGCCCACCGCGGCCGUCCCAAGCCGAGGCCCCGCUCUCUGCCGUCCCGAGCCGCUUCUGCGGACGGCCCUGGGGCCCGAGGCUGGCCUUCCGAGGCCAGGCAUGGCGGCAGGCUGGGCCGCCUCGACUCCGUGCGGGGUGCCGGGUGCCUGGGCCCGGCGAUCUCCCACGAGGGCUUGCCGGCGAGCCAUGGAGCGGCGCGCACGCGCCCCUGGCGAGGGAUGGCACGGCGACUGGCGGCCAGGGGGCCAGCCCCUGCUGGGGUGGGGCCCGGAGGCGCCCUCGCCGCGCUGGAGGCGUGCAGGGAGGGCGCGCUCUGGGAGCGGGCGCUGGCGCUGGUCGGCCGCGUGCACCUCCCGGGCCUCGCGGCGCGGGACGUGGCCGCCUGCUACAACGCCGCCCUCGCGGCGUGCGCGGGCGCGGCGGCCUGGCGGCCCGCCCUCGCGCUGCUGCAGCGGCUGCUGUGCCGCCCGGGCGGCGCCGAGGCGCGCAGCAGCGAGUACACCUCCGCCGUUGGCGCCUGCGCCCGCCGCGCGGCCUGGGCGCACGCCCUGGCGCUGCUGGAGCUGGCGCGGCGCCGGCGCGCGGCGCUGGAGGCGGCGGCGUACAAUGCCGCGGUCACGGCCUGCGUGAGGGUGGCCCUCUGGCCGGGAGCGCUGGCGCUGCUGCGGGAGGGCGCCGGCGUCGCGGGCCACAACGCCGCCGUCAGCGCGUGCCGGGAGGCGUCGCAGUGGGAGCGGGCGGUGCAGAUCGUGUGCGAGAUGCAGGCUGGGGGCCUCGGCGCCGACGUGGUGAGCCACAGCGCGGUGAUCGCGGCGCUGCACCGCGGCGCCCAUUGGGAGCGCGCCCUGCUGCAGCUGGCGGCGAUGGACCUUGGGCAGAGCGGCCUGGCGCCGAACGCCGUCAGCCUGUGCUCGGCGCUGAGCGCCUGCCGGAGGGGCGCGCGGUGGGCAGUGGCGCUGCAGGUCCUCCGGGCGCUGUGGCGCGGAGGCGCGGCGGAGCUCAACGCCGUGGCGUGCACGCAGGCGUUCUUGCUCUACGAGGAGCUGGGGCUGCGGUCUCGCGCCGCUGCGCUGGUGCGCCGCAUCGCCGCCGUGGCGGGGAGCCCAGACGUCGUGAGCCACACCGCGGCCAUCCGCGCCUGCGGCGGCAGGACCGACCCUGCGGCCGAUCGAGCCUUCCGGGCAGGCGCCUACGCCCCCGCCGUCGCCAGGCUGCGGUCGCUGAGGCGCCUCGGCCCCGCUGCGCGCGGCCCCUGCAGGCCCGUCGGGGCCCUCGCGGGCCGCGCCGCCGCGCGCGAGGCGGCGCCCGACCUGGGCGCAUUCAGCCGCGACGCCAGCGACGCCCUUCGGCUGCGCGCGGGGCGCCGCUGCGCGCGGCUCGGCCGGCGCGGCGCCGCGGCGCGGCGAGGGUCUCUCUGGAUCGUGGCCACGACGCCCGACCGAGACAUUGAUAUCGAGGACCUGGAGGUGGUUUUCGUCGCGCAGGCAAAGCCGCCCCCCGAGGCGAUAGUGGCGGGCGGCUGGCUACAUGCGUCCGUCGCGGAGGCCAGUGCGCCCCUGGGCGAGGGCGACCAGUUCUUUCUGGAGGCCCGCCUGGAGACCCGCGACGACGCCUGCUCAGCGGGGAGGCACCGCUCAAACGACGCGGUGGCGUCGGGGGCCUUCGCGAGCAUUUUCAUCGAUUGGCCCGUCAGCGCGCCUAGGGCGGCGGAGUGGACAGCUGAGGAGAACUCUCGUCGAGGGCUCAUUCCGCUGCGUCGUGAGCUCUGGCGGCAGCUCUCGCGCCUCGCGUCUAGGCUCUUCCGACGGGCGAGAGUUGAGCGCGCGAUGCUUCACUCUUUGCUCGCGGGAAUGUCGCCGGCGGCGCGAGCUGCCGGGAAAAGUUUGCCGGGGGCGAAUUGGCCCAUGCUGGCGGCGGGCCCGAUCCUAGCGCGGUCGCCCUGCAAGUUCGUCGUGUUCUUGAUCGGCGCCUGCGACGCCGGAGUCGUGGAGCCCGCGACCAAGGUUCCGCCACGUCUCUCCUUCGGCCACCAGGGGCGGUCGCUCCCAGGUGCGGGCGGCUCUGAUGAGUUGGACUUGGGCCGCGGCGACGGUCUGAACUUCCUGCGCCAGGCAGUGGCGGUCAGGUCCCUGAGGCGGGCGCCGCUGGAGCUCGACCGCGCCCUGAGCCCCGCUAACACUUCGCGGCGUCGAGCGACCCAGUCGCGCCGCGUCGCGGCCGUCGGCGCUCUACGAAAGAGCGGCGUCGCCGAGAAGACCGCCCGCGUCGACGAGGUGGGCGCCGUCGGCCGGCGACCAGGGGGCGGCGGCGUCAAGGCGGCGGCGGCGCGCGCUCACUGUCUGGACGGCGGGGCGCUGCUGCGGGCGCUGGGGAGCGCGGCGCUGCGCCGCCAGAACGAGCAGCAGCUGAUCUUCCAGCGCCCCGAGAAGGGGAAGACGAAGGUCAUCCUCGGCACGAACAUCGCCGAGAGCUCCGUGACCAUCGACGACGUGCUCGUGGUGGUGGACUCCGGGCUCAUGCGCGAGGCGGCGAUGGACGUGGACGGCGAGGCUGCGGCGGCAGCCGUCGCGGGCGCGGAGGCGGGCGGGGCCGCGGCGGCGCCGAUUGGCCGCCAGCGCCCAGCGGCGGGCGCAGGCCGGCGCUCCCACCUGCUGGGGGACGCCGCCAGCGACUCCUCCAGCGACGACCGGGGCGACAGCGACCUCGAGGUGGACCUCGAGGACAUCUGGGCCGGCGCCGUCUGCGGGAUCCCGGUCCCGGAACACCUGGUCAUCGCUAAGGAGAGUGCGUCGCGGGCAGGCGCCGGGGGCCGCCAGGCGGGGCGCCGUCGAAGGCGUACGUGGGCCUGCUGA